AUGACGAAAGAUAGAAUAAAAGAUUUACAAAAACCUCAUCCAUGGCCUCGUGUUGCGUAUAAAAAAAUUUCACGACAACAUCGAAGCCAUGAAUGGCAACAUACUACCAGUGAAUGUAGUAUCCCCCUUAAUCCCAAUGAAGCGGAUAGAGAACAUGCUGUGACUGAAUUUUUAGCUCAAAUUGAUUUAAUUCGAUUACUUAUUCAUAAAAUUAGAGAACUUACAGAAGAUGUUAAACGAAUUCAUCAAGAAAUGAUCGAACCUUUGUCUGAUCCACAACUUGGACAACAACUUGAUGAUAAAACUGCUGAUAUAAAAAACUUAGCACGCAAUAUUUCACAAAAACUACAAAAAAUUAUUGAACUGUUUAAUACAAAUUUACUUGAAAUUUCUACUACUUAUUAUAAUUAA